CCCUCCCUCCUCGUCUUCAGUUAGAGGAACAAAAUGGAGUUGACGAUACCUGGCAGAGGGAAAGUGUAGCUACGCCCGAUUUGAUUGUUUUCAAUAAGAUUGUGCGUUGGGUAUUGAUGUAUUAUUAACAUUUAAGACACUUUUCACAAGAAGGAAACAGGAUCAGAGAUGUUCUGGGCGAUAAUCAUUGGCGCGUUAUUGGCGGCAGAGUCCACCCUGGCCAUUUCGGUCCAAUGUCCUACCAAGAAGUAUGUUGUCAUCCUCUUCCAGCCUGUCACCCUCACCUGUAACUUCCAGACAGCUAGUGGUACUCAGCCUCCUAUUAUAACAUGGAAGUACAAAUCAUACUGCCGGGACCCGAUCCAAGCUGCACUCAAUCCCAACAGUGCAGAGAACAUCUUGGCUCAAAACAAACCCUAUGACCCGGAUACAGAGUGUUCGGAUAGCCAGAGGACUGUCCGCAUAGUGGCUUCUAAGCAUGGCACCGCUGUUACUCUUGGUACAGACUACCAAGGCCGCAAACUCAGCAUCAUGAACGAUGCAGACCUGAAUAUCGCGCAGACUGCAUGGGGAGACAGUGGCGUUUACGUCUGCUCUGUGGUCUCAUCUCAGGAUCUCUCAGGAAAUGAGAGGGAUUACACGGAGCUAAUUGUACUCGAGAGAAAGUCAAAUACUACUGACCUCCUGCCUGGCAUUGACUUACUGGUUAUGGAAGACUGGCUCCUGGUUCUUCUGGUGGUUUUGGGCUUUCUGUUGCUGCUGAUGCUGAUUGGGAUCUGCUGGUGCCAGUGUUGUCCACACACCUGCUGCUGCUACGUCAGCUGUCCCUGCUGCCCUGAUAAGUGCUGCUGUCCACGAGCAUUGUACGAGGCAGGAAAAGCAGUGAAGAAAGGUGUGCCUAGUCAAUAUGCCCCCACCCUAUAUGCACCCAGCAUGUAUGCUCAGCCGAUGUAUGGUGGUCCACAAACCAACCAGCCUGGCAUGCCCUUGCUUCCUCUAACCAGCGGAGUUGGAGGUCCAGUGUCCCAUAAUGGUUACAGCCGUGACUAUGAUGGUGCUAGCUCAGUGGGGCAGGGAUCACAGGUGCCUUUGCUGCAUGAUCAAGACAACGGAGGGGACCACACUCGCAGCGGAUAUCGUAUUCAGGUGGACCCUGAUGGGAACGCCACACGUGCUAUUUACUACUUGGAGAAAGAGCUUGCCACAUUAGACCCAUCCAGACCCGCUAACUACAACCGCUUGGACAAUAUGAGUGAAGUCAGUUCCCUGCACGAUAGUUUGGAGCCUCGAGGACGCGGAGGUCGCUCCCAGCCUCCACCUCUGGCUACAGUCUAUGACCGGGAUGAAGCCAUGAGCACCAUCAGCAGCGUCUCUCAGCAAGGCCGCCGCCGCGAUGACUACCCACGGCGUGGCGGAGGCGACAUGGGGGAUCGUGUCCGUGCCCGCUCCAUGGACAACCUGGACAACGUUGGACGGUCGUACCACAGAGACGAGUACCCACCACACUACCGCCAAGAUGAGCCCAGAGGCAGGAGAGGAUCUGAUGAUGAGUGGAGCAGCAGCGCUCGCAGCGGAUACGAUCGGAACUACGAUGACCGCAGACGUCGGGACUACUCCCCUGAAAGCAACAGGAGAGGAGAGGGAGGGGCUAAUGGCGGCCUUGCAGGCCAACGCAGCCGCAGUCGUGACGAUCUCAUGGACCUGGAGAGGGAUCGCCGUUAUGGCGAUGGCGGUCCCAGGGGUGGCCGAGAAGAUUAUGAUGACACUUUUCUGCGAGAAGCCAUGGAAAGAAAGAGGCUGGGCGAGCAGCAGAGAGCACGUAGCCGGGAGCGACUGGACAGCGAGAGCGACCGCUCAGAUAGAGGAAGGGCACCACGUGGGCCACCACCUCUUCCUGUGAUCCCCCCUUCUGGAUAUCCCGAUCGCCGCAACGACUACCCGCCUCCUCCUCUUCCACCUUACAGUGAUAAUGAAAGUGUGUCAUCUUCAAAGAAAAGCAACCUCCGCAAGAAUGGAGCUGUUAGUCGGGAGAGUCUGGUUGUGUAAAACCCACCCUGAUGCUGGACGCAGCUUUAUCAUCCAACAAACAUUUGCUUUUUAAAACUGUAAAUAUUACCCGUAAUGCUAAUUUACUGUGUUGAUUUAAAUGUUUCAUAAUAAACUGAAACUGAUGCUGAAUGUGUUCGCGUUGAUAAAACUUUGUGCUUUUACUUUCAUAAAAAUUGUGGCUGCCACAAGUGCCUUCAAGUGUACAAAGUUUUACUUGUAGAUGUAGAAGUCAGGUUAAUGAAAACCUUCUGUUUGUGUUUGCAUACUGACAAGUAAACAUGUUCCUGUUGGGUUUUAGUGGUUUUCACAUUUAUGUAGUUUGAGUUAUCUGAUGUAGAUUUUUAUGGGUUUGUGCUGUUUUGUUUUUGUACUUGUGAAAAGUUGUUUUUAUAUGAAACCAUGUAAAUUUAAAUGAAUUGAUUGUAUCUGCUGUUUUUGGCUUUAUAGUCAAGUUGGUACACUUACUGUAAUUGGAGACAUGGAAGCAAACUACUGUAAUUUGAGUAUUUUUUCUCUUUUUUUAUGCAGAUGUUCAGUUUUAAUCUACAGCAUGCUGUACAGCUGACCAGUAACAUGUUUUAAAAUGCAAAUAGUUAUUAUCAUGUCAUGGAAUCUAAUUUUACAAAUAAAGGUCUCUUUGCCAGGC